AUGGAGACCACACCUUGGCUACAUGGACCACACCUUGGCUACAUGGAGACCACACCCACACAUGGGGACCACACCUUGGCUACAUGGAGACCACACCUAUAUCCCAUACUACAAGACACAUCAAGUCCUGACCAUGUAUCACCACUACAGCUACAAGACACAUUAAGUCCUGACCAUGUAUCACCACUACAGCUACAAGACACAUCAAGUCCUGACCACGUAUCACCACUACAGCUACAAGACACAUCAAGUCCUGACCAUGUAUCACCACUACAGCUACAAGACACAUUAAGUCCUGACCAUGUAUCACCACUACAGCUACAAGACACAUUAAGUCCUGACCAUCUACAAGACACAUCAAGUCCUGACCACGUAUCACCACUACAGCUACAAGACACAUCAAGUCCUGACCAUGUAUCACCACUACAGCUACAAGACACAUUAAGUCCUGACCAUGUAUCACCACUACAGCUACAAGACACAUUAAGUCCUGACCACGUAUCACCACUACAGCUACAAGACACAUCAAGUCCUGACCAUGUAUCACCACUACAGCUACAAGACACAUUAAGUCCUGACCACGUAUCACCACUACAGCUACAAGACACAUCAAGUCCUGACCACGUAUCACCACUACAGCUACAAGACACAUCAAGUCCUGACCAUGUAUCACCACUACAGCUACAAGACACAUUAAGUCCUGACCAUGUAUCACCACUACAGCUACAAGACACAUUAAGUCCUGACCAUGUAUCACCACUACAGUUACAAGACACAUCAAGUCCUGACCACGUAUCACACCACUACAGCUACAAGACACAUUAA